CGGGCGACAUCUCCUCUUCGACGCUUCAAUCUUCAUGCCCUAGCCUUCUCGUCACUUUCCCCUUGCUCUCGCCGGUCUCCUCCUUCAAUCUUCAUAUACCACCAAACUGGCUCAACCCGGCAUCCACUUCUCUGUGCGCUCUCUCCAGUCUCCAUCCUUGCAAUCGCUUCUUCAAAUCGAACCUCUUCUCCAGAUUGGAAUCAAAGAAAUUCGUUGCAUAUUUGACAUCUCACGUUGAUAAACUUGAGCGCCACCAAAAAAGAAAAACCAUGAAUAAGUUGAUGGACUUUGGGAAGAAAGCCAUGUUUUACGUUAGGGUUUUAUCGGGCUAUGAAGAACGUCGUAUCAGAUCCCAGCGAUUACAGCUCGAAAAGCGUAUUAUUGAGGCAGAGAGGAGGAAGGCAGAGAUUAGAAAGAUUCCUGAGCAGCUUAUUUUAUCUGAGGUGCGACAAAUGGUGGAGGAGAUGCAAGCUGUGAACAAGCAGUUAGAGGAGACGGAGACUGCGAUUAACGAAUACUUCAAGCCAGUUGAUAAGCAGGCUGAAAUGAUAGUGGAAAUGCAGCUUAAAGAAGAGGAGAAGACAAUGAAACAGAUGAUGCACACUAUGAAAGUACAAGCUUUCGAAAAAGAAAUGGAGAAAAACGCAAAUCUGAAAAUUGAUGAAACAAAGCAGGAGACCACAGACAAAGCUGAAGCAGGAGGAUUAAGAUGAUGAUUACAACAAACAAACAUCAAAACUUGGUGCUAUGCGUGGACCAGAUCGGAUUACAAAAUAGGACUUCAACAUAUUAUAAUAGAAAUAUUAUUUAGAAGGAUGACUGAUUAUUCGAAUUACAAGCUGAAUUUUGGAUAUCCUGAUCUCUCUCUCUUUCUGGAUCCUGGACAAUCAGGUUCUAUACAAGUCGGAUCAUAUAACAUUUCAGAUCCUCGAUGCUAGGCAACAAAUUACAAUGUUACAACAUUUUAUGUGUUCAAUCAGAUGUUAUAUUUUUGUGUUUUCUUCAAAUCCAAAUAGUUAAGUCCAAUAAGAGUAAAUUACAAGAAUCGUUGUGGUUUAUGAAAACUUUGGUUUCAUUACUCGACUUUAAUAAAUAUACUACACUCUAUAGUUUGCAUUUUGUUAC